UCCUAAGAUGCAGCUUUACCUUCAGUUGGUGAACCCUCCUGAUUUUACUCCAGCUUGUAAGAAGCGUACAGUACCAGAGACCAAGGGAAACAGAUUUAUCAAACAGGGCUGAAACACAGUAGAAUACUCUUACAGCCUGGGGACUUCAGAAUUUGUAAGUUACCGGUGGUAGAGCUGAGCCCAGAACGCUGUGUGUUUGUGGACCCUCUGGACUCCGAUGCUGAUUGCAAAAAGUGGUGACGACUCGGAGUUACCCAGCGUCCGUGGAAGGUUCUUUGGCAGCAGCUGAGAUGGGCGGUCGGCAACAGAGGACGGUCUCCAAGGACUGGGUCAGUGCACGUGGCCGUGCAGGGGUCAGUGGCCCCCGGGCUCCAGAUGCCAAGGAAGGCUGCGCAGGGGGGAAGAAAGGAUCUAGAGGGCUGUCCCAGGAGCUCCGCAAGGAGACGGGAGCAAGAUAUUUAUGCCUAAUCAAGACUUCUACGGGCGGAGAGGAGAUGGCGUCCCCAUAACAAAAUAGGCAUGCUUUGGAAACAGCUGAGAACCCAGGAAACGAGCGGCCCAUCUUUCCAGCGUUGGGUGAAAACAUGGGACAGAUCCACAGCCAUAAGCUAGGGGAAAACACCUACCUGAACAAAGAAACAAGAGAGAGAUGUGGCUGCGUCAUUUCUCCUUUGGAAGGAUCACCUGGCUUGAGCCAUCAGUGGGAAUGUACAUUAGGCUCAAUAGAAAUACACACCUUCAGUGAUCUGCCAACAGUAUCCAGGAAAAACUGCCGAGACAAUCUAAUGGAUGAAGAUGAGAAAGACAGGGCAAAGAGAGCUUCUCGAAACAAGUCUGAGAAGAAGCGUCGGGACCAGUUCAAUGUUCUCAUCAAAGAGCUCAGCUCCAUGCUGCCUGGCAACACGCGGAAGAUGGACAAGACCACCGUGCUGGAGAAGGUCAUCGGAUUCCUGCAGAAGCACAAUGAAGUCUCAGCGCAAACGGAAAUCUGUGACAUUCAGCAGGACUGGAAGCCUUCAUUCCUCAGUAAUGAAGAAUUCACCCAGCUGAUGUUGGAGGCAUUAGACGGCUUCAUCAUCGCUGUGACGACGGACGGCAGCAUCCUCUACGUUUCUGACAGCAUCACGCCUCUCCUUGGGCAUUUACCGUCGGAUGUCACGGAUCAGAAUUUGUUACGUUUCCUUCCAGAACAAGAACACUCAGAAGUCUACAAAAUGCUUUCUUCCCAUAUGCUUGUGACGGACUCCCCCUCCCCAGAACACUUAAAAUCUGACAACGACUUAGAAUUUUAUUGCCAUCUUCUCAGAGGCAGCUUGAACCCAAAGGAAUUUCCAACUUAUGAAUACAUAAAAUUUGUAGGAAAUUUUCGCUCUUACAACAACGCGCCCAGCCCCUCCUGUAACGGCUUUGACAGCGCCCUUUCGAGGCCCUGCCGAAUGCCCCUGGGAAAGGAGGUCUGCUUCAUUGCCACCGUUCGCCUGGCAACACCGCAAUUCUUAAAGGAAAUGUGCAUCGUUGACAAACCUUUAGAGGAAUUCACUUCAAGACAUAGCUUGGAAUGGAAAUUUUUAUUUCUGGAUCACAGAGCUCCUCCCAUCAUAGGAUACCUGCCUUUUGAAGUUCUGGGAACCUCGGGCUAUGACUACUACCACGUGGACGAUCUGGAACUCCUGGCCAGGUGCCACCAGCACCUGAUGCAGUUCGGCAAAGGGAAGUCGUGUUGCUACCGGUUUCUGACGAAAGGGCAGCAGUGGAUUUGGCUGCAGACUCACUACUACAUCACCUACCACCAGUGGAACUCCAAGCCCGAGUUCAUCGUGUGCACACACUCAGUGGUCAGUUACGCGGAGGUCCGGGUGGAAAGAAGGCAAGAGCUGGCCCUGGAGGACCCACUUCUGGAGACCGUCCACCCUUCGGCACUGAAGCACAAGGGCUCCAGCCUGGAAGCUCAGCAGCACUUUAAUGCGCUCGACGUGGGCACCUCGGGCCUUAACACCAGCCACUCACCAUCGGCGUCCUCAAGAAGUUCCCACAAAUCCUCGCGCACGGCUGUGUCCGAACCCACCUCUACUCCAGGCAAGCUGAGGGCAGAGGCCGGCACCACGGCUUUGCCAAGAUCGGCUCAAGAGCUCCCCGUGCUGGGGCUCAGCCAGGCAGCCACGAUGCCGGCUCCCCUGCCCGCCCCGGCGUCCUGUGACGUCACACAGCAGCUCCUGCCUCAGGCCAUCUUGCAAAGCCCACCUGCCCCCGUGACACAGUUUUCAGCACAGCUCAGCAUGUUCCAGACCAUCAAAGACCAGCUGGAGCAGAGGACGAGGAUCCUGCAAGCCAACAUCCGGUGGCAGCAGGAAGAGCUCCACAAGAUCCAGGAGCAGCUCUGCCUGGUCCAGGACUCCAGCGUCCAGAUGUUUCUGCAGCAGCCAGACGUAUCCCUGAGCUUCAGCAGUGCCCAGCGGCCCGGGGCUCAGCAGCAGCUCCAGCAGAGAUCGGGCCCAGGCCCCCAGCCCCAGCUCGUGGCCAGCCCUCAGCUUCUGGGGCAGGUGGCCUCUGCCCAGGUCACAAGCCAGCACCUGCUCAGAGACUCGAGUGUGAUAUCAACCCAGGGUCCAAAGCCAUUGAGAAGCCCGCAGAUGAUGCAGGGGAACAGCCUGACGCCCCAGUUCAGCAGCACCUCUGCUGUGCUCCCGCCGGCUCUGAGCCUGACCACGCCUGCUUCCGCCUCCCAGGAGGCCAGCCAGGGCCAGCCCAGCCCGGACUUCAGCCACGAUCGGCAGCUCAGGCUGCUGCUGAGUCAGCCCAUCCAGCCCAUGAUGCCCGGGCCCUGCGACGCGAGGCGGCCCUCAGAGGUCGGCAGGCCUGGACGGCAAGUCAGGUAUCCACAGAGCCAGGCCGCGUGUCCAAACCCAGACGUGCACACCACCACCAGCAGCGCCUCGACCCCUGUCCUGUUGAUGGGGCUCCACCCCCACUUCCCCACCUCCCAGCCGUCGCCCCUGAAGCCUGCGCAGACCCAGCAGCAGCCUCCGUGCUUCCUGCAGGUGCAGGCACCAACCUCUUUGCACAGUGACCAGCAGGACUCGCUCCGCCUCUCCACCUACUCGCAGCAGCCAGGGACCCUGGGCUACCCUCCUCCCGCACCCUCGCGCCCUCCCCGAAGGCUCAGCAGCCUGUCUGAGUCCUCAGGCCUCCAGCAGCUACCCCGGUAGUGCCCUGGCGCCUCAGUUGGGUCUCAUCAGCUUUAACCAAUGGACGGUCGAGGGGGGGAUGGCCAGGGAGUUGGGGAGAAGAGUUUAAAGGACACCCCGGCUUUCGUGCGCACCGCGUCCGUUUCAGAGCUCCUGAAUGGUGACAACGUCUGAGCACAGCGGCCGGCCCGUGGAAGUGGGCAGGGACACUGGCCGUGUUUCCCUGUCCCUGCACUUUACGGCCACAGUCUACAGCCAUACCUGGAAGGGACCGCGGUCCCCACGGGAGUGCAUCACUUAGUUCACCUUAGUGGCGGCUCAUCUCGCUGCAUCCUGCCCCCGCCCCUGGAGCGCGCCGGUCACUCCCACCGCUGCCGCCCGUGCGCACGUGCUCAUUGGCCUGCGCUCUCUUGACUCUCUUUCCUCUGCGUUGGAGAAGCACCGGGUCAGGGAUUUGUUGAAGAGAGAGAAUAAAGAGAUGAUUUUUUUCGUUAUUUCUAGAUGAUUGCUUCUGUUUUAAUUUGCACAGCUGCACAAGGAGAUAACUUAGGCACCUUCCUUUCUUAAAAAUACUGUCUCCUCUCAUGACUUCAUUUGGAGACCCCAGUAACAAAAACAGCCCACCAAUCAGAUGGCAAAGCUGGUGGUCAGUCACCAGGCUGCAACGCCACACCCUCCGGCCUGACCCUAAUGGAAUAAGGCUUUUCACCCCACACCGUUCCGGUGGGGUUUGGUUUGGAUUGGUUUGGUUUGGGGUGUUUUUUUGCCCCCGAAUAUAACACUGGACUGUUUCCUGUUUACUUCGGCGAUUACAACCACGAAGGCGGACUCAAAGCAAAGCACAAUCCCGUAGCUGACGUUCUGGAAUUCUCGUUGAGGACUUGAGGACUGGGAAGGUUUUACCAGCCAGACGGGUCCGUGGAGCGGCAGGUCCCCAGGAAGCCCCAUCACGUGCUGGCCCUUGGAAUGAGAAUGCUGCAUCUUUCUACAUAUCUUUCCUGAUAAGACCGAGGAGUGGAUUUUCCUUUUCAAAAUGCACUUUGCUUUUUUUGUAUGUUUUGUUAUGUUGAGAUGUUUCUAAAGAAAAGAUUUUAUGUAAUUAUAAGAUGAUGUGUAGUGAAUUGUACAGCUGUUGUAAUAAGGACCUAUUUCUAUAUAAAAUAAAAUUGUAUGGAUUAUGUGUAAAUUAUUUUGUAUCUGAGACACCAGUUCCUUUCCCAAAUAUAAGAGGAUAAAAGUUUUCUUGUGUAUUUCUGUGAGUGGACAUUUUGUAAUAAAUUAACAAAUUUGUAUGAUUUCCUU